CACAACAUUAACUAUAUAUCUCCAUCUUCUUAAAAAUAAUCAUCACUAAAGAUAUAAAUACGACAAUGAAUACUUUCAAAACCCCUUUUCUCGUCAUCGUUGCGAUUAGCUUUCUUGUUGUUGCAACCAAUGCUCAAAACACUCCACAAGACUACCUUAACUCUCACAACACCGCUCGUGCGCAGGUUGGAGUACCGAACGUGGUGUGGGACACAACUCUCGCGGCCUACGCAUUGAACUAUUCAAAUUUUAGAAAAGCCGACUGCAACCUUGUUCACUCCAACGGACCAUAUGGAGAAAACCUAGCCAAGGGAAGUAGUUCCUCGUUCUCGGCCAUCUCGGCCGUCAAACUUUGGGUCGACGAGAAACCUUACUACAGCUACGCAUACAAUAAUUGCACAGGUGGAAAACAAUGCUUGCAUUACACGCAAGUGGUGUGGAGAGAUUCAGUGAAGAUAGGGUGUGCUAGGGUUCAAUGCACCAAUACUUGGUGGUUCGUGAGUUGUAACUAUAACUCACCCGGUAAUUGGGUCGGAGAGUACCCUUACUGAUCCUGAUCACUAAUACUGUAUUACCUAAGACAAUAAAUAUGAUUUAUGAAUAAAACUAAUUUGAAUUACUGCAUAUGAAAUUAUAAAUCUUUUGUUUUAAUCUCAAGAUGUAAUAAUUUAUGAUCUUCACAUAAAGAGGUUGUAAGCUUUGCCUUCUUUUACAAUUAAUCAAACGUUGUUUUUAUUCUUGUUUAUAUAGUGAAAAAGUUUGUUC